GAAAGGCGGUUCCAUGUGUUAAGUGCAAGCAUUCUGCCCUUCUCUUCAUCCUCCAGCACCCGCGUGUGCGUCCUUUACAUUCAUGAACACUCACCUGUGAGGAUGAGCAUGUGUCUUCUCUGGCUCGGCCUGCUCCACAUCAGCCUGAGCGCACUGUGGCAAGCAGCCGACAUACAUGCAGCAGUGACCAUUGAUCAUGUGACGCUGACAGUGCUUCCUGCUAAUAAUGUGGAGAGUGGCACUGAUGUGAUCCUACGUUGUGAGGCCAGUGUCAGUCAGAGCCUCUCCCAGACGUUGACAUACUUCUUCAGACUCCUGCAGAACGAUCAGGUGAUUUACACCAAAAAUAUCAGCACCUCAGUGAUGGAGCACAGUUUAUCUUCUGCCAGGGUGUCCAACUCUGGUCACUACCAGUGCAGUGUCCACAUCUAUGACAAGCACAAGAUGAGCAACAGCCUGUCAUUAAGCGUCACAGGUCUUCAGACCCCUAUGCUGAAGGUGAAGUCUGACAUCGUGUCUGAGGGGGAAGACAUUACUGCCACGUGCAGUGCACCAGAGGAGACGGGCAAUAUGAUUUUCUACUUCUUCGAGAAUGAUCUGGAGGUCAAGAGAGUCACUAGUAACAGCAACUCCGUGAAGACCAUUCUGACCACGCAGAAGCGCACAGAAAUCUACCUGCAAUGUGCCUAUAUGGUUAUGAUGCACCCUAAUGCUGGCUUCUCCAACAAAAGCAACAAGGUGAAAGUUAUUGUACGAGAUCUUGAUGUAAUCACCCCACAGAUAAGCAUCUCACCCAAAGGGAAUGUUGUUGAGGGUGACAUGGUGCAGAUCACAUGUAAGGUGAACUAUCCCUCAGAUCUUGAGUUGUACCUCACUAAAAACAACACCGUUCUUCAUGAAUCUCAUACAACCUUCAGAAAGAGCCUCGUAGUAAGAGCUGAGGACUCAGGGGAGUAUGUGUGUAAAGCAGAGAAAGGCAGCGUGCAAAAGAUGGCAGUCUCUCCGCUACAUGUUGCAGAACUGUUCUCUAAGCCGAUUUUGAGAAUGAGCCCAGACGAGGUUUUUGAAGGCGAACGCUUCACUCUGACCUGCAGCAGCAAUGUAAUCUCCUCAGUGAAGAUCGGAAAAGCAGACAUAAAGUAUGUUUUGCUGAAAGAUGGUCAACGCAUUUCAGCAGUUGCAAAAUACGAAGACACUGCAAGCCCCGCCACCAAUGGAAAAUACUACUGCAUGGCAACGGCAAAAAAAGUUUACAAGACCAGCUCAUUACAUGAUGUAAAAGCUAAAGUGCCAGUUUCUGCCCCAGUCGUUUAUGCUGUUGAUGAGGUGAUUGUUGGUAAGACGUUCAGGAUUUCAUGUGAGGCUGAAAAUGGAACGCUUCCAAUAACCUACACCUUACUGAAGACCCGCAUUCCAGUGGCUCACAGGAGAGUGGUUGAAGCAGCCGACAGGGCGAUCUUUAACAUAACCUCCAUCAGUUUUCCAGAAGACAUCAACACCUUCACAUGUCAGGCUUAUAACGGUGGGUCAUCGUUCAGUAAGACCAGUGAGCCUCUUAGAGCACCUGUCAUAGUACCCGUUUCCAGGCCAGUGCUGGAGCCAAAGGAGCUUACCGUCACAGAGGGAUCAGACCUUCCCCUUAUCUGCCGUGUACAUCAGGGCACUUAUCCCAUCACCUUCACCUGGUAUCAUAACAGAGUUAUGCUCCUUUCCUCCAUCCAAAAGCUCAGAUCCUUAGAAGGAAGACAUGUCAUCAAAGACAUCGACCGAGACCAGAGAGGCGACUACUACUGUGAGGCGUCUAAUUACGCCUCUGAACCCAAAAAGAGUUAUCCAGCCAGAAUUGGUGUCAGUUUAGCACAGUGGAAGAAAGCUGUUAUUGGAGUGUUCUGUAUCUUGCUUUUGGUGGCUAUCGUCAUAGUCCUGACAGUCUUUUUUAAGAACAUGUCCCAUCAACGCAGACAAAAGCAAGAAGCUGAGUUAUCAGUAAAACCUUCAAGGCCCAAAUCAGGUGACCCAAUGAGAAUUAGCCUUACUCUCGACAUUGAAGACAACACCACCCUCAACGGAACUCCCUGUGUGAUGGGCAGGAAUGUCUGGAGUGAAAAUGUAUCUGGCUCAGAUUCUGACGAUCAUACUGAUGAAGAAUCUGAGCUGGUUCAGCCACAGGAAGUGGAUCCCAGCAGAGAAGUUCCUGAGAUGAAAAGCAUAGAGCCUGAGUACAGUGUCCAACACACAGAGAUCCAGGUGUCCACACCAGGAGUUUCGGAACAGGCUGACGGCCAGGCAGCUCUGGAAUAUGCACAACUCAACAACAGUGAACAAGAACCUGCAUAGACUCUCAACACUUAACUCUUAAUUUAUUCAGUUUCUCCACCACCAGAAGCUGAUUUUUAUUCAUGAUGUGCUGACAUUGAACAUUUUGCUUUGUUGGUAUUAUUGACAUUACUUUAUGGCUUAGGGUUUUUUUUUUUUUUUUUUUUUUUCAAGUGAAUAAAAUUUUGUUUUGAUGUUUAUAUAUGAGAGAUUAAAAUCUGAGCAGUCAAAUCAAGCCUUUGGCUGGUUUUCUUUGCUUUUCCGCUUUGGUGUGUUUUUUAAAUUAUUAUUAUUAAUAAUUUUUUUUGUUUGUUUGUUUUUUUUUUUUAUGAGGAACAGAAAAUACAUUUUUGCUUCAAGCACAUGAAGAAGCCACUAAACCACUGGAAAGAGGAAAUCUUUUAAAGUGCAGCCAUUCAAAAGUGUCCUUUUAAAUACUGAGGAUCAAAAGCCACUGCAAACUUUUUAAAUAGCAGUUGAAAAUGACUUGGACCCUAGAAAAAGUUGUUAUAACUAGAUUGCAAGAAUACGUAGGUCUUAUUAAAAUUGUUUGUUUUUUUUUGUUUUUUUUUAACUCACCCAGGUUUUCAUUCUCACCAUUGACUGAUUACUGUUGUGAACAAUCUGAGACUAAAAAAUAAAUGCAGUCAUUGAAUCUAUGUGACAUUUAUUAUGGUAUACCACAGGGUUCUAUUUUAGGACCUCUACUAUUAUUGUUUUAUUAUAAAAGUUACCUUUAGGAUUUGUAUUUAGGCAACACAAUGUAAGAUGUGCUAGACCUCUCAUAGUUCCAUCAUGCAACAUCAGAUUUGCAGAUUCUACAAGCAGAACGUUAAACAAUGGAAGGUUUACUUAUUUUCAUUUAACAUAUUCUAAAACUAAGUCACUUUUUGUGACCGAGGACAAAAGUGAACUUGUUUUACAGACCAUCUCUAAAUGUCACAUAAAAUACUGCAUUGCUCGUGACACUUCUAGUGUCCUUGGAUGGUGCGAGGCUGCUUUAAAUCUCCAAUGUGAUACUCAGGAGCUUAUCAGCAUGACUCCCCAUUAAUCAUAUGACAUCAUGGGUUGUCAGUAGCAAUGGCCACCCAUUGUGGUUACCCUAAAUGAAACAAGGGAGUCCCAUAAUUGGGUGCCACUUUAGCAACUGUAGUUGAAUAGACCUUUGGGGGUGCCACAGUAACUCCAGGGGCUUUAUGAAGGAAACCAGGCUUUGCAGAAGCUGUAUGCGGUGUGUACACUGAGCUUUUCACCACUCUUAGACAUGCACUUAUUUUAGGGAGGGGGAACGUCAUGUACCUCUGUUUUACUGCCAUAAAGUGUCCCUCUCUUGCUCUCCCUCGGUCAUCACAUGAGCCCUGACUCGAUGUCGUGCAGAAUUCCAGACCUGCAGUUAGCUGCAAUGCUAAAAUUGGCAUGCUGACCCCUGUGAAAUGUAUUCUGGGAAUAUGUUGUCUUUCACUUUGCCUUAUGGGGCCAGUACAGAAUGCUACUUUAUGAAUAUCUUGCACUUGUGACAAGAAGCUCCUCUUUCCUGAAUACACACCAUUCAGCACGGUAACGCAAUAUUAAAUCUAAAUGGAAAUAAACGGAAUGAAAAAAAAAAAGAUUAAAAAAAUAUGUCUUAUAAGAUAAGGUUAAAGGUAAUGGUUGUGUAAUCUAGUUAGUGAGAAAUUUGUAUGGUAAGGAGACUGACUUAUGCAACUGUUUACUGUUUACAAGCUUGUCAAAUCUUUUUCUCAGACUCUGGUACAACUCACAUUAUAUAACCCAAAAUUAAACAGAUUUUGCUAAAAUUUUAAUAUAAUAAUAAAUAUGAAAGUAACAGAAAACGAUAGGCAUAUGUAUAAUUACAAUUUGCAUGCAAAUAAGUGAAAGCGAAUGUAACAAGCUCCUAGUUUGCCAACAUAUUUAGAGUGACACUAUCAGUUAAUAUCCUCAUAAUAUUCUGUCAGCAAGACACGGGUCAUCUCUGUCUCUCAUCUUUAGAUAAACUUCCACUUUCCUCGAAAAGUUCCCAAUGGGAUGACCCAAUGAGAGAACAGGAAGGAGCCUGGAAUAGGCCAUCAUCCAUCUGAAGAUGAUAUCUGUGUUAUGCAAUGAGCUCAUGUGGGUAGUUCACUCCUUACUAACCUUCACCCAGCCUUAAGAUCAAAUUCAUUUUCCAAAUGGAUGAAAUGAAUAGUUAUAGUUGAAACUAGAACUCAAUGUACAACGGCUGUUUACAUCCACAGAUGUUUAUAUAAUGUUUAUACCCUAAACUCUAUAAGCUGAUCCAAAUGAAUACAUGGCCAUUGCAUGUAUUUUGAACAAAAUGUAUGUGCUUAUGAAGAGCAUCAUUACCUUUAAUGACAAGACUUGACAAUUCUGUCAUUAUUGCAUUUCUAACAUUAAAAAUUAUGACAAGAAAAC